CUUGUACUCCUCCUGCCAUACACCUCUCUCUGGUUAGAUGCUCAGAGGGUCCAUAACCCCCCUCCUCUGUCUGCAGCCAUGCGAGUCACGUGGUCUCUGGUGGGCGGAGGCUUUUUCUCCGGGCUUCAUUCAUAAAUCCUCAGGCCGGUGACGGAGCUGCAGCUCAGAACUGGACCCGGAGGUGAGAACCGGGUACCGGGCAUUCAGCAUCCCCCGGGGGAGGAGGAGGAGGGAGGAGUGGGCAUGAGCGGGGCCCGUAUUGAAGGUGGGUAAUGUUAGGGUACUGCUAGGCUGCUGAGGGUGGGCAUUGCCUGGGAGAAGUGUGGGCAUUCUGUGGCCAAUGCCGGGUGUCAAUACAUGGUAAUUGAUGGGGCACGAUGUGGGCACUGACCGGGCAUUGUAUAAUCAGUCACUGGAGGCCCCACCAGCUGUAAUCAGGUACAAUGUGGGCGCUGUCCGUGUAUCUGUGCCCAUACACCAUCAUUGUUUAUAGCAUGCCCACAUACUGCCCAUCGAAUGCCAUUAUUAUAGAGAAACUACCGAGAGAUUAUAUAAAAAUACACGUGCAAUUAAUGGCUGUAUUAUUAACCCUAUAAGUGAGUAUUAUAUGGACUGAGCUUUGUUUGGCACUGGGAAAAUGAUGUUGAACCAGAAUUCUCUGUUUGGUCCUUGUUACAUUGUUUCACCUCCUGGGCAUUCUAUGGGCAGCUGAUGGCUAUUGCUGUGAGUAGAAUUAUGCUUUGUUGUGACUGUUCUGGGUAUUUUAUAUUCAUACACCAAUCUGUGUAUAAAAAAAAAAACUAGUGUAUAGGCACCUUUGUGCACACUUCCUGUGGAUAAUGAAUCCCUGACUUGGCAUUAUAUUGGCUUUGCCUAGACAUGAUAUGUUAAAACAUUUACUCAUGGGGGUUGUUUACUAAAAAUACUGUGGUAAAUUUAAACCCGAUUCUUCAUAGCCACGCUGUGAAUGGUUUUCCAACUCUGCUUUUCACAAUGCACCAUAAUUCACCGGUUAGUUAAUAAAUCCCAACACAACUCAAUAGACUUCUAUCAAUCUCAGUAUAAGAUUUUAUAUAGGUGUUAUAUGAGAAUCUUCAGGGUGUUGCAGCGAUAUGUUCUGGGCAUAUCUAUUAUUGUAUAAUAUUGCUGAUUAAAUUGGCUGUAAUGUGGAAUGUUUUAGAAUUUUAUUUUUUUGUCCAUGUGUAUUUUUGUGAUUAUAUAUAUAUAUUGGUUUGUUAGCUGUUUUGUUUUUCUUCUCUUCUACUGCAUUCACUAUGUACUGAUAUGUAAUAUGUUUGCACGAAAUAUAACUUGCUAUACAUGUAUACAGUUUAAUAGUCAAUAAUUCAAGUUAUUCUGUUAUCGUAAAUAAAUAUUACAGUAUUUGAUUAUAAAACAGACAAGGUUCUUAACAGUAUCCAUUACACAUCACACCGUAUUCCUAAUAUACAUACAGCUACAGAAGAGCCUCCUAUGCACACAGAACAAGCAAGUCUCCAUCAUUUACACAAAUUCAUUGUCCAACAAAACUUACAUAUUUUACAAAAACAAACAGGCAAAUCAAAUAGAUUGUCCCAACCACUGUACCCCAGACUAAAUACUGCAUAUACUGUGACUAUUUUGGGUUGCAGGCUCAGAAAAUCAGGAUGUAUUUCACUAGCAGCCUCUGUAAUCUCUAGACCAACCUAAAGUGCUAGUUUGGUUGUUAUUUAUAAAUAACAAUUCUAAGGCAGAGUUCUAAAAUGAAGCAGUCAGCAAACCUGAAUGGUAAUGUAAUUUCUUCACUUAUUCAUAAAUGUGAUGAAUCUAAAAUCAGACCCUGUAUUGUCAAAAGCCAACAUAUAUAGAAUACACUUAUAUUCAGAAUGCUAUUAUAGAUACAAAGACCACCAAUAUAUCCAAUAAAACAUUAACGAUUUAUCAUACUUUCACCUAUUUAGGUCACAAGUAAGAAUCAUUGUUUUAUGUUUUUUUUGUUUUUGUUUUUAUAUAUGGUGGGGCUUCCAUAAUAUCAAUGCAAGUCUUGUAUCCAAAUAAUUGCUUGGUUUGGUUACACUUCUUAUUAAAAACAACAAAAAAAGUAGUCUUUGAUAGAAGACAUUUAUAUAAAGCAAACUCCAAGAACAUGUCUUCAGCACAUUUUUACCCAAAUUAGGGCUAAAAAGUACACUGAUUUGGUAUCAUGAUACUGUCAAUCUGUUGUGUUUAUACUCUUAUCACAGGUUAAUGAUGAGGUAUAUGUUAUUAACCUUAUACAGUACUGUAUUCUGAUAUAGAUUAUAUCAAAUCCUAGGGGAAUUUGUUUUAUCUUGGGUAUUACAUUUCUCAUUCAUUUGCUCCUUGGUCCCCGAUUCUUGUACCGUGUAUUGUUUUUUUAUUUUUGUCAUUACUCUGCGCCAAUUAAUUUUCUACUUACAAGUCCUCAUAAUUUCAUCUCAACCACCCCAUUUUCUCAUCUUUCCUUUGUUGCAGGUGUCAGAUCAUGAGCUAUGAGUCACCUGCACUAGAGAAUAUAACUGACACUUCCACGGUAAGAACAGCUUUCUACAUAGAAGUAAAAUAUAUAUUAUAUAUACACACAGAGAUAAGCCAUUACACGAGUUCUGUGAGGAUCUGCUGAGAUAAUUAACCAUAUAACAGUAUAUAAACCGUUAUAUACUUAAUUCUCUGUUGAUUGAGAUUAAUGAUUUAAUAUCACACUGCAUUACCCACCUUUUUAUUGUUUAAAGAAUAUUGGGGAAUCUGUUUUGGCUCAUAGCCAAUGGACCUAUAGCAAUAAAUCUUAAGAAUCCAAUAAUACUUUGGAUGUUCAAAUAAUCAGAUGAAAGCCAACUAAAUUGGUCAACAACUCUUACGGAGUUAAAUAGCUUAGAUAUGUUUAGUAAAUAUUUCCUAGCUCUUACAGUUUAUGCAACAUGGAGAAAUUGAAGACCUGCGCCAAUGCACAUAUUAAAUAUAAAAAAUUUUAUGAAAUGAAAGUUCAUAUCUAUUACGUAUUUAUUAUCUGAAUUUAUUAAAAACUCAUCCCUGCAGUCAAGAUGAGCUAAGAUUAUAUGAAAAUCUAUUGACAUUUCUUCUUUACUUUUACUAGGUUGCUCCGAGUACCCCACCUCAGGAUGGGUACGUGCUACUCUUGGUUCUCCUUUCCAUCUUCAUUGGGGGAACACUACUUCUGCUCACCGGGGUCCUGAUUCUUUGCAGACGUUGCUGUGAUUCUCGCCUGCGAUUCUCUAGGUGCAAAGAGAUGCUCCUUGUAUUGCCUGCAUUGUGUUCUUUAUUGUUUAGCCUUAUUGUUAUGUAGUACUUAGUUGUGCCGUUGUUUUGUUGGUCAGAAAUUAAGAGGUUUUCAUCUUUUUCCAGGCCAAGUGAUGAUGCAGAGAAAACAAACACUUCUUAUGUGGAUGAAUCUCAACCCACCCAUGGUACGAAAGACUAUAUAAUAGUAGCAUGUGACUUCUGUCAGAUCUUAUUUCUGAAUUCUGGCUCUUAACCCACAGACAUAACCAUACACAUUGAGGAUGCAGAGUCUUUGUUGGCCUCAGGUCUCCGUGAUGCAGAAUCAGGCAGAUUUUUGUGUACAGCUUCAAGUGGCAGAAGGGUCUCAUUCAAUGAGGGAGCCCUGUGUGGACAAGAGAAGAAAGAAAGGGACCGUGGCAGAAGGUGAGGUUAUGACAAGAUGGUGGGUGGUGGUAGGUUUGUAAUACAUUAUGUGCUGUAGACAUCAGUCUUCUGUGUGCAGUAAACCAGAGUUGGAACAAGUGUAGAAAAAGUAAAGGGGAGUGGGAAGGGGAUGACUUAGCAAGGAAUUAAUGAAUAGGAAGAAUGUUAAAAAGAAAAAUGUUUUAAAUGAAAAGGGUAUAUAAGAGAGAACAUAAAGUGAUCAGUAUAGGGGCACAACAGUAAGAACAAAAUUAUAUGGUAGAGGAAAUUAAAAAAGUGAUAUUAAUAGUUUAUUCUAAUCCACUAUGUGGAACUUGACGACAGGAUGUCUGAAUAUUAUUAUCCACCUUAGGUAUACUCUGACUGAAGGAGACUUCCACUAUCUUAAGAAUGCACGAUUGACACUUCCCCCACUUCCUUCUCUACCUCCCACUGCUCUUCACAUCCUAACCAUACAUGAGAGUGAGGGAGGGGAAAGCAGCAGUAGUGGUGGCACAUCAGAGACUCGACCCACCUCCCCUAGCAAGUCCAACAUCUCUAUAUAUCAGGUAUGUGUGGGGACAGUGCAUGGCUUCAUCAUGAUCACCUAUAAUGCAUUUUUCACUGCAUUGGGCAAUGUUUCAUGAACUGCACAGUACAUUCUUUCCACAAAUGUUUUAAUACAGUUCUAUCUAAUUUAAUUGUGAAGUAAUUCCACUGAUGUGACUUCUCUUUAGCCACCUCGCAGUUCUCCAAUUCCACUCACGCGUCUGUCACUCAGCCCAAGCUCUGCCCUUCCAGGAGAUGCAUAUAACUCUGUGGCUGACACAAGUUUUAUGGAUACUCCAAAGCGCAGCACACUUACCCCAAGACAGAGCCCCGCCAGUGCUAGGGUGAGUAAGGAACACCUGAAGAAAAACAUGCUUAAUGAUGGGGCCAAAAUGUAAGUGUUUAAAGAUUAACCUUAUAUACCUCCUCUUUCCUUCAGUUUGAUCUAAGCAGUCAUCCAUCUCAGGGAGAUGGAAGCUCAGAUGUGACUCCCACUCGAAGUCAUGGUGCUGUCCUUCACUUCUUCAAUCGUCUACGGCGCCAUGCAAGUUUGGAAGGAGCAAGCCCUUAUCUUAAAAUCAAGAAAUGGAAGCUAGGCAGUGUGCAGAGAGCAAGCAGCCUAGAUACCAGAGGUAAGUGACAUGAUGUGCUUUAAUAAACAAUAUGAAACUGGUGGUGGGAGGCUGUCAUUCAGGGAACAGAGAGGGCUCAAUUCUAUAUUCAAUGCCAAAAGAGGACAUUCUAAUCUCUAGAACACAGAAUAAAUCAACCAAUAUACUUGAGGUGAGACGGUAAUGAGUAAAGUUUGAUAUCGCAAUGUUGCCCUUUUCAAAACUUUCUGUCAUGGCAGAUGUUGAAACAAUUUUGUAACAAACACUCUUAUCCAUCUAAGCUCAGGAAACAUGUACGUUUUCUUACGUGUUUAGAUCUUUAAAGCAGCAAUGUCACCAACCCCCAUGGAAAACUAAGUAUUUCAGAUUCCUACUGAAAUUUCAACCUAGUCAAGAGAUGUACAGAGACAAAAUAAAGACUACUUUGUCUUAGUAUUUCUCCAAUACCUGACGAUUCUAGUUUCUGGGCGGAGCCAACACCUUCUAAAGUGUCAAUCCCCCCCCAGUCCACUGCAGGGAAUUUGUGUUUUCUGUGGAGGAUCCCGUGGUCUUGUGAUGUUGGCUCCUGGUCUUGAAAAUAACCAGCGGGAAGAAGAGGGCGGCCGCCGCAAAGGACCGGUCAGAUAAGUAGACCUCACCUUUGCCUGCUACUCCCUGCAGCAGUCACCACUGGGGGUCUUUGCAAAUUCUGUUAACAUUGCUGCUUCAAAGCCUGUAAUCUGCUAAGGCAGCAUUUCCCAGUUGGUGUUCUGAGAGAACACAAUUGGGGUUCCAUCAAAAUUGGAAAAAAUUGGAAAAAAAAAAUGGUCGCAGGUGACGAGGGAGCAGUGGACAAUGAUCUCCCUGCUUAGCUUGCGCACACCGCAGUGAUGCCGGAGCCGGAAUAUGACACUGCUCCGGCAUCACUAAGAGGCUCAGGAGGGAGCUGAGAAGGGAGAUCACUGCUUUCUCACCACCCGCACGCCAGCCACUCAGCAAACCCAGGGACCAGGGACCACACACUCAGCCCAGCAGCCCGCUGGAACACAGGGACAUAGACUCCAUGCCAGCACUCCCAAAAGUAGGGGGGCUGGGUGGAGUAAAAUUUAAAAAAAAUAAAAUUGUAUGUGUGUCUAUUAGGGAGUUUGUAUGUGUUUGUGUGUCUGUCAAAGAGUAUAUGUGUGCUUGUCAGUGAGUUUGUAUGUGUCUGUGUGUAUGUGAGUCAAGAUGUAUCUGUGUGUCUGGAGAAUAUGAAUAUGAAUAUGAACAUAUAUACACACACACACACACAUAUAUACAUACAUACAUACAUACACGCAUACACACACACUGUCAAGGUGUGUAUCUCUGUGUGUGUCAGAUACAUACACAUUGACACACAGAUACACACACUGGCACCUACAAACACAGAUACACACCUUGACACACAAAAAAAUGGCGCUAGUUUUUUCUCCCUACUUUUUUUUAUUCUACUUAAUAAUGCUGCUUUAGUGUUAAGCACAUAUGGAGUUUAGGUGGAAAGUUUGCAUCAUAAUAAAAAUUAGACGUGCAAUUUGUUUCGAAAAUACAUUCGGACGAAUUUCGUGCAAUUCGGAUGCUUACGGAUGUCCGAAUUGCUGAACAGAAACGCCAAAGUGGGUUAGGGGUAGGAUUCGAAUUACCGAAGUUCCGAAUUGCCGAAGUCCCGAACCAAAUGCCAUUGGUCCAAAUUGCCGAAGCAGACAAUUUUUUUUUUUCUUACCUGAGUUUCCGAACCAAACUGAAUUUUUGCCCAUGCACAUCCCUAAUAAAAAUGUAAUCUAAAGCAAGUCUAGAGUGCUAACACAAUCAACGAAAAUAGAAUAACCGUUUUUGUAAAUGUUUUUUUAUGAAGUGAAAAGCUGUGUAUGGAAGCUAUCCGGUAGCUAUGUGGAGGUGACUGUACUAGGUGAUUAAAGCAAGAUCACAUUAUUUAACAAAUUGAUAUAGGUUGAAAGGUGGUAACCAGCUGGUCCUAAAAAAAAAUAGAUAUUAGUUAAUAUAAUACUACUAUUAUCUCUUUGCUCUACAGGGUCUCCAAAGCGGCACCAGUUUCAGCGGCAGAGAGCAGCAAGUGAGAGUGCUGAACGUGAUGAUAUCAUACAGUACAUAGCCCAUACUCAAGAUACUGCAUUCCCUUCCAGCCAAGGAACAUUCAUCUCACACCACGGGACCCCACCACAAUCUCUCGGCAGGUAUUCUUCUAUUACCCUUUUCACAUCUAAAUAGUCCCUCUCCUAUGUUCCCAAAACUACAACCUCUCCUAUCCAUUUUGUCACAUAUAUCCUGAGCUGGCCCCACAUCCAAAUUCUCUUUUCUCUUCCCUAAUUGUGAUUCUUUUGUAAUCUGUAGGUUAGAUCAUGGGGAGGAUGGGUCUCUCUCAGACAUAGGGACCACCGAGCAAACUCUGCUCCCUCCCCAGUGUGAUAUAUGGAGCCUGCGUGCAUCGCUAGAGCUCUGUGCUUCCGAUCAAAGCAGCAGCAACAAUGACCGUGACUCAGUGCGCAGUGAUGCGGACAGUGUAAGUUCCUUAAGUGGUCUCCCCAGCCUCCCCUCUCAAGACCUUCCAGAUGGCCGUCCUGUGCGGAGUGCUGAGCCGGAAACAGGACCACGUAAGCUUUUACAGAUGGACAGUGGUUAUGCCUCCAUUGAAGCUCCUUGCAGGCCCCCUGAAGAGUCAUGCAGUCCACAUCGAGAUAAAACUGCAUCUGAGAAGAGACUCUUUUUUACACAUGCUGGGCGUAAAGGAACAGUCUUUGAAAGCUUGGAAGGGCGUCUGUAUGAACAAGGAGCUUCUGGAGGGGAGGAGGAGGCCUGGUUCCCACACCAUGCCCAGACCUUGACUCCUCGAGAGGCAGUGUCACGCAGAGAUUACAGCAUUGAUGAGAAAACAGAUGCAUUAUUUAAUGAAUUUUUAAGGCAUGAUCCACAGUAUGACGACUCUCCCCUUCGUAUGAAACAUCGUUCCCGUGCUCACUUGCGCAAGCAAUGGCAGAGAACCAAGCAGUACAGUGAUCCCGGCAUUCGUUUCCCCCCAGCACUUGAUAAACAUCGUGCUCCCCAACUGCGCAGGGGAGAUAGUGCCAAUUACCUACCUGACACUCGAUACCACAGCACUUUGCCACGUAUUGCAAGCUCUACUGAUGAGGAAGGGACAGAUGGCUGUCCACAGAGCCCAUCCUCCCUCACCCCAGAAGAGAAAAUUCAGGCCAUAGAGGAAGAGCCUUCUGAGCAUAUCCCUGCCCCUGAUGAACCCCCUAUUGUCCCAGAGGACCCUGAGCAAGACUAUGGCUAUGGGCCACAAACCACAGAGUUGCUUGAUAAAAUAGGUGCAGGACUGGAAGCACAUCUGUAUCACAGCAUUCAGAGGACAGCACGCAGCCCUGAGAGGCUCUGCGCAGUGGCACAUGUAUCACCAGAUCACAGUCCUGUUUAAGGCAGUUAAAAUAGCAUCUCAAGUCUCACAUACAAGGCAGGAGUGUCAUCUCCUGAAACAUGGAGCAAAAUGUGUGAGGAGUUGUCAGAGUUAUUAUACAGAUCACUACUACUAGAAAGCACAGUGCCAAAUGAUAGACAUCUGAAGGCCCAGUCACUCACUGCUACACAUUGUGCCAUACAAACACAAAGCAUGACUGUAAAGACAUACAGCACAUACACACUGCACUCCUGUACUCAGCAUGGAGAUCAACACCAUCACGCAUUCAUUCAUGGAAAGCCGUACAGUUAUCUUCCAAGCAAUAUGAAGUUUCUUCCUGAAUGCCGGAUAAUAAGCACUCCCCUCAGGGACCCUGCAAAUUGGGGUGGCAAUGUGUGGACCCUCAGCUCUCAAUGUGGUUGCUGCACAUCCGGCUCUGUCUACCCAAAAAAUGAACUGGCUGGCACAAGAGAGGGUGGGUUGGGGGAGGAGGGCUUCAGGGGCUAGAGUGUUUUGCACCAGGGUGGGAGGGUGGAAUGUAUUUAUUUUUUUAAAGAUUUCUUGUUAUUUCGAGAUUAAGUGGUUCUUCCUCUGUAUUCUCACAGUAGCACAUGGUGGGGUACAGGAGGUAUUUAAAUAAUCUCUUCCCACUUCUGCUGUGUAUUUGUCCUUAUUAAAUAAGACAGCACAUUAUAAUUGGGAGCAUGUGUGUAUGUAAGAAAGUGAAGCCAGUGGUAUAAACAACUGGAGCAAUAUUUUAGUUUUCCUCCAGCCAUGAUCCCAUCCUUGUUCUUCCUGAAUCCCAUAUAAUGAGCUCAGCAGAUUGGAGUGUGGACCACCAGCACUCACUCAGUGUGGUUACUACACAUCUGGCUCUGUCUAUUCAAAAACUAAAAUGGUUGGCACACGAAGGGGGAGGGGAGUGGAGCGCAUCAGGGGCUAAAGUUUUCUUGUACGAGGGUGGGUGGAUUUGUUUUUUUUAUUAAAAGGUUUCUUGCUACAUGGGGUUCUUGCCCUGUAGUCUUACAGUAACAGAUUGUGUGGCUAGAGGAGAUCUUUAAAUAAUCUAUUUCCACCUCUGCUGUGUAUUUCUCCUUAUUAAUAUAACACCCUAGUAACUGGGAGCAUGUGUGUAUGCGACAAAAGUGGUAUAAAACAAUUUAAGAAAUAUUUCCUCAAAAUGUACCAAUGUCAUUUUUUUUCAAAGCCAUGAUCUCAUCCUUGUUCUCAUUUACGGUCAUGUAAUGCACAAGUUUAUAUUAUUAAACCGCUUCAUGAGAAGAGAGAGAAUAAAUAAAAAAUAAA